GCAAAAACAAUGGCUUCGAAGUCACCAUUACUACCCGCGUACAAGGAGGCUUUUCUCAAGGAUUGCGUCUCAGCAGGUGCUCUCAAGUUUGGCACAUUUACACUCAAAUCCAAACGUAUAUCGCCUUACUUCUUCAACGCCGGACUAUUCCACCGUGCGGAUCUGCUACGGUCGAUAUCCUCUGCAUACGCCCACACUCUGAAAGUACAUGGAGAAUCAGACCCGUCGUUUCAAUUCGACGUCCUAUUUGGCCCGGCAUAUAAGGGAAUCCCGCUUGCUGCUGCAUCAGUAGACAAGCUUGCCGACCUCGAUCUUGAGAAAUAUGGAAGGAAGAGUUAUAGUUUCAAUCGCAAGGAGGCAAAGGAUCAUGGCGAGGGUGGCAACAUUGUUGGAGCAUCAUUGAAGGGCCAGAAGGUUGUCAUCGUGGACGAUGUGAUCACGGCUGGAACUGCGAUCCGAGAGGCCAUUGAAAUUAUCAAGAAAGAAGGCGGCGAGCUCGUGGGCAUCAUCAUUGCAUUUGAUCGGUUGGAAAAGACCCCGAGUGCUACGGACGAUGAUGGGACACCACGACCGAGUGCUAUCGGGGAAGUCAGGAAGCAGUACGGCAUACCAGUGCUUGCCAUUCUGACCUUGGAGGAUGUCAUUGAGUACCUCAAAGGCUUGGGUAGUGCAGAAGACCUAAAGAGGCUAGAUGAGUAUAGGACCAAGUACAAAGCGAGCGACUAAAAUGAUGAAGAGGGGAAAUAGGAUGACGCCACUAACUCCACCGUGUUGAAGCGUUCUGGAGUUAUUUUGCCAACGAGAAAUAGAAGAACUCGAAGCCAUCCUUU